AUGGGUGCUUCAAUGAAGAAAAUUGAGACUCAAGUGGGCCAAUUAGCUAUUGCUAUGAAUUCUAAUCAGAAGGGAAGUUUUCCUAGUGACACUGUGGUAAAACCAAAGGAAUCAUGCCAAGCAGUUUCUUUGAGAAGUGGUAAGGUGCUUGAUGAGGGUAAUGUUCAAGAAUGUUCAAAGGAGAAAGUUGAGCCAGUGGUACGAGAGGUAGACAAGGAAGAGCAAGCCAAGAAGCAGAGUGGAAGUGACAAGACUGGCAUGAAGAAAGAUAGCCUUCCAAUGUAUCAACCUCCCAUUCCUUACCCUCAACGAUUUCAGAAGAAGAAAUUAGAUGAACAUUUUGCAAAGUUUCUAGAAAUCUUCAAAAGAAUUCACAUAAACAUUCCAUUUGCAGAUGCUCUUGAGCAAAUGCCCAAUUAUAAAGAGUUGCCUCAAAAGGUGAAAGACCCUGGUAGCUUUACUAUACCAUGCACUAUUGGAGGGUCAUCCUUUGACAAGGCAUUAUGUGAUCUUGGAGCGAGUAUUAAUUUGAUGCCACUUUCAGAUUUUAAGAAGUUGGGGGUAGGAGAGGUGAAGCCCACAACCAUUACUCUUCAAUUAGCAGAUCGGUCACUUACUUAUCCUAGGGGAGUGAUUGAAGACGUAUUGGUUUAG